UAUGUUGAUUGUUUUAAGUGAGCGCGGUAAUAAGUUGAAAUUUGUAUUUGUAACUGAAUUCAAGACUGUGGUUUUGUAAAUUCUUUUUUACACAGUAUUUGCUACUAUAUUUAUUCACCAUGGACGAUAUCCAGACGAUUAAACGUGUAAAAACGUUUGUACUACCGGACAAAUGUUUCGAGAAACGAGUCGCCUGUGCGUGGAGACGUGGGAACAAGUUCUCCGUAUACCCCCGUUCGCAAAAACCGAAUAAAACAACCUCGGAAUCGUCAGUCAAAACCGACGAUAAAAUAUUAGUUAUUUCCCAAGAAAUUGGUUUAUUUAGUCCAAUAUUACGAAGAUUAGUUAACGAGGCGAACGGAACUUUCCUAUCUGUAAGAAAAGUGUCUGAAACAUCCAAGAAUUCGGAUAAUCAAGUCGAGUUUCUGAAACUUUCGCGCCAAUAUCGAUCUAUCAUUCGUGUCUGUAUAGAGAGUCUUCAAGAAGCUGGCGAGAAAGAGGAAGAUGGCGUCACAAGGAACGACUUACUGUCCUACAUAACUAUAUUUUACUCAAUUGAAUGUAUAUGGCAUUUGUGCGAGAUUCUAUUCAUUGACAUAAUCCCUGGAGAUGUAGUGUUACCAUUCCUGUUGGAAUGGGUCCGUUUCCAUUUCCCUCGCCAUGAGCAAACUGCUGCACAGCUGUUGGAAUCCUGUGAGCGAGGUUCAGAGGAUCACCCGGACUAUUGGGACACAGUAGUUGGCAUGGUAGUUCAGGGAAGAGUGGACGUUGCAAGGGCACUACUGAAGCUGCAUUCAGCAGUGGACUCCAAUGAGUUCAAGCUAGUUGAUAACUCACUGAGGAGCAUGCCAGUUUAUAGUGUGUAUGGAGGAAUCUCGACAGGUGAAUUCACUAUAUCCUGGAAGCAUUGGCAGGCUGAGUGCCGGUCCAAGCUCAACAGCCGACUCCUGGGACAGCAGCCUCAACUGGAGCUUGUUAUGAGAAUCAUGACGGGUGAGUACUCCGCCUUCGAGUCCAUCCGCGGCAAGUACACGUCGUGGUUCGACGUGCUGGGCGGCUGGCUGCUGUUCACGGCCCCGUGGGCGCGGCGCCACGAGCUGGGCAGCGCCGCCGCCGCGUGCGCCGGCCUGGCCGCGCCCGCGCGCUCGCACCUCGACGCCAUGGUGCGCGCCGCACUGGACGGCGACUUGUACCAGGUGAUCCACGAAAUCCAGCAGAUAACAGAUAACGGCUGGUUCGCGACCCACCUCACUGACAUCCUCUACCAGUGUGGGAAACUGCAGAUUUUAGACAAGCACCAAACUGAUGUAACCUGCCGCCUGAGAAACAGUCUCGUGCUGGAGUACGGCUCCCUGCUGUUGGAGCACCGCUCGCUGUGGGCGGCGGGGCUGUCGUACCUGGCGACGUGCGCGCCCGAGGGCCCGCGGCGCGCCGAGCUCUUGCUGGAGCGGAUGCCCAUACACACGGAGGCCAAGGCCAUGCGGGUCGCCGCUGAGGCCAAGAAGCAUGGCCUGCUUGGAGUGGUGCAGGCGGUGUGCGCGGUGCAGAGUGCGCGCGCGCUGUGGCGCGGCGCGGCGGGCGCGGCGCUGGCGUGGGGCGCGCGCGCGCGCAGUGCGGCGCAGUGCGGGCGCGCGGCGCACCGGGCGCUGCGCGAGUACUGCGCCGGCCGCGCGCUGCCCGCCGCCGACCUGCUGCUCACGGCCGGCGCCUCGCUGCUCAUCGACAACACGCUGCUGCUGCUGGGUAAAUACUGCGAUUUCCAUCGACUGUACAAGAGCAGAGAGUACAAAAAAGCUGCGAAAUUACUUGUCUCACUCAUCACGUCAAAUAUUGCGCCAGAUUAUUUCUGGCCUACUCUGCUGCUUGACACCUUACCACUGCUGGAGACGGAAGAGCCGGUUCUGUCCUCGGACGACAGCUACGAGAUCAUGCUGUGCCUCGAGCUCCGGGCGGACUGCCUGGACAGGGAGAAAGCUGAUCUGCUGAGGCUGGCGCUGGCCAGAAACCUCGCGAGAACCGCGCUCCAGGAUGUCGAGGACGACUAGCAGAGGGAUAUCGCUUCAACUCCUAACUUGGACCAUAAGAAGAGUGGCGUGCACAGGGAUACCGAAUAGGUUGGAUGCUAGGCGGAAAGUUACCAAAAAAACUUAGUGUUUUUAAGGUGCUAAGUCAAAGUCGCGUACAUUACAUAAAAAAUAUGCACAUAGAAGUGAGAUCCGUAUCUAAAGGGUAAAACGGGACCCUACAAGGACUGCUGCAUCUGGCGACA